AAUUAUGAAAAUAAUUUCGUAAGAAUCCCAAGCACUAUUUUGAGAAUGUCUAGUAUAAAUUCCUAGUACUUCCACAACUCUCUUCUAUGAACUAUUGGUAAAGCUCGAACCGUUCAUCAGUCACCAUGGGGGACGCGGCAGAACUAAGCAAGGAACAAGUUGCAUUGCUUAAAAAUGCCUUUGACACGUUUGACGUCGAGAAAAAGGGCAGCAUCGGUACUGUGAUGAUUGGAACCAUCUUAAGUAUGCUGGGUGUUCAGACAACGGAGCAAACUCUGAAGGAAAUCAUUGAUGAAGUAGAUGAAGACGGAUCUGGAGAACUAGAGUUUGAAGAGUUUAUUAUACUAGCUUCAAGGUUUAUGGUUGAAGAAGAUGCUGAAGCUAUGCAACAAGAACUUAAAGAAGCAUUCCGUCUCUACGACAAAGAAGGAAAUGGUUAUAUUACUACUACAACUUUAAAAGAAAUUUUAAAAGAGCUAGAUGACAAAAUCACCAAUGAAGAGUUGGACAUGAUGAUUGAAGAAAUUGAUGCUGAUGGAUCUGGAACCGUUGAUUUUGAUGAAUUUAUGGAAGUGAUGACAGGCGGUGAUGAUUAAUUAUGCAGUAAAAUCUGGUCGAAUAUUUUGCUUAAAAAUAUUAUUUUUGAUGUGCAAAACUAUUUUUAUAAUCAAUUUUAUCUAUAGGGUGGUAUAGAACUGCAGAUUAGAUUAUAGUCUAAGAGCUAGUGAACCCUCCGACUAACGGUCGUCCUGUAAGGCUAGAAAUUUGUCUAGUGAUAAUUCAUAGCACACCAAGGCUAAAAACCAUGACCUGGCAGGCAUCAGCCGUGCACGUGUAUCUACCAGGUGAAUCGAAAAGUGCAUAGUUUAGGGGUAAAAUAAACUUUCUCCUGUAAGGUUUAAAUUUAAGUAUGUGUUUGAGUAAGUCAUUUAGAAGAAAUGUGUUUUGCAUCGAAUAAUUUUUUUUAGGUUUUUUGAAUCAUUCCAAACAGAAAAGGUCUUUAGUGAUUUUUCUCUUAAGUUAAUAGUUUUUGUUAUAUAAGGGAUUGAAAAUUUUGAAAUUUGCAUAAUCGGCCAUUUUUAAUCCUAAAUCGGACAUUUAUCUAAAAAUUUCAAUAUUUCCAAGGCACGUAGAUAUUCUCUAAACAUUGAUUGAUGAAAUCCCGAAGAGUUUUUUGCAAUAAAAUAUCUAAAACACCUUUGUUUUUUUUAAUUGCUAAUAAAGCGGUAGCGACACUUGUAGUAUAAGUGAGGACGUUUGAGUUUGCAUAAAUUCAUUAUCUCGAGAAUGGGCAAAUUUCAAGAGAAAUCCUCAGAUAGGUCGAUUUUUAUUUUUGAAUUAGGACUUUUUGGCAUAUAUAUAAUAAUAAUGACGUCAUCCACCUGGGCGUGAUGACGUAAUCGAUGAUUUUUUUAAAUAAGAGUAGGGGUUGUGUGAUAGCUCAUUUGAAAGGUUAUUUAAUUCUCUAUUUACUAAUAUAAACAUUAACAUAAUUAUUUAUACGGGGUGUACAAAAAAUGUUUUUCUUCUAUUUGUCAAAUUUAAUCAAAGUUAAUUUAUAAAAAAAAAUUUUUUGUACACCCUGUAUAAAUAAUUAUGGUAAUGUUUGCAAAAAAAUAAUUUUAGGAAAAACCCCUAAUCUUUCCCCUCGCCUGGCAAGGGUCUUAUGCUCUUCAGAAUCGCCUGUCAUUUUACACAUUUCUUCUAAAUGACUUACUCAAACACAUACUUAAAUUUAAACCUUACAGGAGAAAGUUUAUUUUACCCCUAAACUAUGCACUUUUCGAUUCACCUGGUAGAUAUACGUGCACGGCUGAUGCCUGCCAGAUCAUGGUUUUUAGCCUUGGUGUGCUCUGAAUUAUCACUAGACAAAUUUCUAGCCUUACAGAACGACCGUUAGUCGGAGGGUUCACUAGCUCUUAGACUAUUACUAUGAAAGACUUUUUGGUAGAACAUGUUUUUGCAAUUUAAUAGGUUGCUUAUAUACUAUCUAUAAAUUUUACUGUCUUGAUACCAAUAAAAUGUACUGUCGAAAA